CUGUAAGUUUUUAAUUUUUUUUUGGUAAAAAUGGCUUUUGCCGGCAAAGUAAUCUUGAUAACGGGGGCUAGUUCGGGUAUUGGGGCCGCUACGGCUAAACAUUUUGCAUGUUUGGGGGCUACUCUAGCUCUUACUGGAAGAAAUAUGGAAAAUUUGAAAGAGGUAGCUUGUAACUGUUCAACUAAAUCAAUUCCUUUGCUGUUAACAGCCGAAUUAACUAACGAGAAUGAAACCAAGGCUGUCUUAGAUAAAACUAUCGAACAUUUUGGAAGAUUGGAUGUUCUGAUAAACAAUGCUGGAGUUAUAGAAACAGGUAGCAUUGAAAACACCACCCUGGAUCAAUACGACCGCAUGAUGAAUAUAAACGUCAGAUCCAUUUAUCAGUUGUCAAUGUUAGCUGUACCGCACCUCAUCAAAACCAAAGGCAACAUUGUAAACGUGAGCAGCGUCAACGGAAUGCGUGCUUUCCCAGGCGUUCUGGCCUAUUGCAUGUCCAAAGCGGCCGUCGAUCAAUUUACUAGAUGUGUGGCUUUGGAUUUGGCACCAAAGCAAGUCAGAGUCAACUGUGUCAACCCUGGAGUGACUGUUACCAAUUUGCAUAAAAGAAGUGGUAUGAAUCAAGAACAAUACGAAGCUUUUAUAAAGAGAUCUCAAGAAACUCAUGCUUUAGGAAGACCAGGUCAACCUGAAGAGGUAGCUAAAACUAUCGCAUUUUUGGCCAGCGAUGAUGCCAGUUUCAUAACGGGCGCCACUGUGCCUGUGGACGGAGGUAGACACGCCAUGUGUCCACGAUGAGUGUUAAGAAGUCAAGUCGCCAAAAUUUUUGUUUUUAUGAUUAAAAUAAUUUUUGUUAGCUUUUUAAAAGGUUUAUAUGAAAAAUAUUAUCAGAAAUGUUUGUUUAAUAAAUUAUUAUAUUAU